GUAAAUGAGUAUGAAACAAGAUGAAGCUGCCUAAGGUAACACGCUCUGUGAUUCUUUAGUUCGUAAAUCGUCCAGAUAAAAGAAAAUGACAGAGAACUUUAAAGAAAUGCUUUAAGAGAUCAAGGAAUAAAAACCAUCUGCAAAGAAAUCAGAUUAAAAAUAGGACAAGUACUAACAAAAAAAAGUAUAAGAAUAAAAGAAAGGUAGCCUAGUUAAUCAGUAUCUAGUGUAUGAAUAUGGAUUUAUGACUGAUUGGCUUGAUUGCAUCUAUCCACAUGAUAAUGGAUAAACAUUCGACUUGGAAAUUUAAUUCUGUGUGUUAAAGCCAAAAAAACCAACCAUUAAAAAGCCUAAAAAGGAAUAAACUGAAGAAGGAGUAACCAGUUUCUAUAAUAUUAGAUAAUGUCUUUAAUUCAAAACUUAUUAACCAAUCUCAAUCAAAAUCCAGAACAAAUGAGAAGAUAGAGUGAAUAGUAAAUUUAGAAAGUCCAAACAACCGAUGAUGGUAUUGUAGUCUAUCAUCCAUACUUUAAGAAAAGUAAAACAUAGUUUAAUCUAAAGUUGAAUACCAAAGCAAGAAACCCCAAUAGAUUGACUCUAUUGAACCAACUAUAGAGUUAGAAAAUCUUAAAUAAAAGUUUGAUACUAUCAAAAAGACCUUUAGACCCUUAAUACUCAUCUGAUUGGCAAUUAAAU